AUGUUCCUAUUUUUCAUUUUCGCAGCCAGUUUCUUUCAGGUGUUUCCCCACUUCGGGACAUGUUCUCCGCUACAAGUACCUUUCAAGAUUCAGGUCGACGAUGAACCGUUUGGUGUUGGAUGGGUUGACCCACGUAUCAAUGGAGGGAGGCUUCUCGAUUUUGUAUCCAAGAAAUACGGCGAACCCCUCAACAUUAUCAUAUCUGGAAGAUCGGAUCCUUACAUCCUCACCGAAGAAGGAUUACAUGAGUAUGCCAAGUCCAUUAAGUUCUCGAGCGAAUGUCUUGGCUUGCAUUACGGUACUGUCCAUCAAGCUGACCUGGGAGAUGGAAAUGGGAGGAAGAAUGAGCAGUUCUUAGCUCGUCAGCAUUACUUUCCGGUUUGGGGAACGUGUUGGGAGAGUCUUGCAGGAGGCAAUCACUUUCGUGCGUGGAAACAGAAUGGCACUCAAGCCAAUUCUGGGGCUUGGUUCUUAGCUGUGUCUAAGGAGAAAGAUUCGUCCAAAAACCAUAUGAUUAUUCCAGACGGAUACAACAUCGGUCGUGAUUAUCUCGUUGAUAAAGCGACUUCUGGUAGUCAUUGGAAUGGCAAGUGGUGGAAAGCCGAGGUUGACUGGCAUGAAGGGUUGCUUGAGUCUGGGAAGGAAGGGAUUAAUCAUGGAAUUGAGCAAGACGGACGUGUAGCCAUAUUGACUGUCGACAGACUAUGA